GGCGAUCUUCCUGGGCAUGAACGAGCAGUACGACCCGUCGAUGGUGUUCACGGUGGCCGAUCUACUGAGUCUGAACCUGGACGACCACAAGAACCUCAUUCAGAACGUCUACCUGCAGGCCGUCAACGAGUACGACAUCGAGACCAAGUUCAGCAGAAUCAGGAAGAUGUGGAACGAGAAGCAGUUUAAACUGGCUAAACACAUUCCGGACAGUGUCUACACUAAAGAGCCAGUGAAGAGACCUGUGAGUCCGAAUUCCAAGAGAUCGACAAAACUGGACCGCUACCGUCAGGAGAAGUCCUCCACGGCCACUGUGAUGGUCAAAGGACUGGACGUGGCCAGCGAUGACUUCUACAUCCUCAUUGAAGUGGAGGACCUCAAGUACCAACUUCAGGAUAGUUACAUCAGUGUGCAGUCCAUAGCUCAGUCUCCCUACCUGGGUGAGAUCGGUGAAGAAGUCGCAUUUUUGCGCAGAGCUCUCGAGCAGGUGGAGGAAACCGUCAACCUCUGGUGUGUUUGUCAGAAAAAGUGGUUGUACUUGUUGAAAAUCUUCGAGAGACCUGAGCUGUAUCGCAAACUGAAUGAACAGGCAUUUAAAUUUGAACAUGUUCACAACAAAUUCAAGGACUGGAUGCGUGGUGUGUCCAAUGAUUCCUUUGUUCUGUCUGUGGUGAACAGGAGACGAGGAGAAAAGGGAUACAAACUGCUUCAGGGUGACAAUCUCAGAUCUAUUUUCCUGUCACUCAUUCAGCAACAAGAGGAGAUUCUGAAAGACCUGGAGUCGAUGAUUGAAAAGUCGAGGACCCAGUUUCCACGCCUGUACUUCCUCAGCAGCGAGGAACUCGUUGAUAUGAUGGGCGUGUCUCGGAACCCGCGGGCCCUGGUUCCCUAUGCCAGGAAGUGCUUCCCUGGAAUUCACAGUCUCAACUUCUCACUGCCCCCCGAGAUCAUGGGCUUAAAUACGGCACUCGACUUUGCACUGAAUGCUGACAAGCUGCAUGCCGUGUCUAUGGUUGGUGCUCUCGGCGAAGAGGUUCAGCUGUUUGCCAAACUGGAAGCGUAUCCGUCGGCGACAACCUGGCUCAAGAGUCUGGACUCAAUCAUGAAGAACACUAUGACGGGUAUCCUGCAGGCUUGUGUCCAGACCAGGAUGGAAGAAGGUACCCAGCAGCCCCUGCAGAUCCUGGAGGAGUUGGCCGACGUGGACAUCAGCAGCAGCAAGGUGAAGGAGAUCACCACAGAGAUCAGGAAGGUGUACCGACAUUGGCUGCUGCGCUUCCCCGUGCAGUGUGUGCUCGUUGCCGAGGCCAUCAUGUGGGAACGACAGGUCACACACCUCUUCGACAAGAUGGAGCCAGACGAAUUCAAAAUGUUCAGACAAAGUAUUGGCGUUAAGCUGGGCCAGUAUGUCAGUGUGUUGAGAGACUCACAGUCCAGUCAGAGUAUCAGUGUGGACAUGAAGGACAGACUCAGUUGUCUCCUCACCUGUCUCAUCACUCAGAGCGUGCAUCACAGGGACAUCCUAGAUGCGUUACUGCAGUAUGGCAUCCCUUCAGAGAUGAGUUUUGAUUGGCUGAAGGCUCUGCGUCACCGAAUGGACAUCCUGAAUGUGCUGCGAGCCAAGACGGUGACGGAUAUGAUGCAGGGCAGUGUGUCAGCACUAGCCAGUCGACCCAGCAUGCGGCCAGCACCCGUCGCCAAACCCAAGAUUGAAUCUUCAGACAAUCUCGCAGAUGAGUCUCCAAAACUGACGCGGACGAGAACGACCGUUUCCAGUGACUAUCAGUUCAGCCCGUGCUAUGUGCAGCAGCUGGGCAACUCUUUCUACUAUGACUACGAGUACCUGGGGCCGCAGUCCUGCCUCGUGAUCACACCGCUCACCGAGCGCGUCUUCCUCUCGCUCACGCAGGCAGCCAAGAACUUCCAGUGUGGAACUCUGAUUGGUCCUGCCGGUACAGGCAAAUCGGAGACAGUGCGGGAACUGGCAAAGCUUCUUGGUCGUGCAGUGUUCACAAUAACAUGUAGUGAGGCCAUCACCCUUCCCAUGAUGCUGCAGUUUGUGACAGGAAUGGUGCAGUCUGGGUGCUGGGCACUGUUUGACAGCACGGACAAACUUACCUCAGGCCUCAUGUCGGUGACGGCUCAACAACUGGACUAUCUGCAGACCGCUAUGAGAACCCUUGACCUGUCCAGUGAGAACCAGUACAAGAUAAGAGGCCAGCCCAGGUUUGACAAGAAGGUAGGUGCGGGGGACAAGGUCAUCCGCAGGAACUCGCUCACAACUCUACACCCACUGCCACGGGCAGCCGACAGCUCUCCUCUCUUGGAAAGACAGAAAACUGUGCCUCAUGGAUUUAAUGAAAAGGGAUUAGUGACAUACUUUGAGGACACGUGGGUGGCAGAAAGAGACAGACGCAGACGUCACUCCAUUGAGAAGGAAAUUGAAAUUAAAGAAUCCGAGUUCUACAAGUCGAACCGACCACCUUCACUUUUCUAUGAGCACGUGAAGUACCGGAAGAAGAAGACGGAGGACUACAAACACCUGCUGCAGGAGCCCAUGUAUGUGCACCGCAUCAUCGGCAACGUCAUGUUCAACGGCAAGCUCAUCCAGGCCAGCGCCAACUACGGCUGCUUCAUGACCACCAGCAGUAGAAACAGCGCCGCCCCGGACAUCCCGGAAAACUUCAGGUUUCUGAUGCGUCCAUGUGCCGUGGUGUUGCCUGACAUUCAGAAGAUAGUGGAAGUGAUCCUCUACACAAACGGAUUCCAACACUCCAAGUCCUGGGCAGAAAAACUAGCAUUCUUUUUCAAACGUCUCGCAGUACAGCUUCCAAGAAAAGAGCAGUACAGUUUUGGUCUGCGUGACAUAAAGAAGAUCAUGAAAAUAGCUAUCAGUGUGAUUCAAGACGGUCACUUUCUUCGUCAGGUGUCCAGUCCAUCAGACAAAGCAGCAGACCAAUCCAAGUCGGUGAGAUACGAGACAGACAGGACAGAGGCCGAAGAGCGCUCCCUGGUGCUGGGUAUCAGCACUGUCCUGGAGACCUGUCUGCAGGCCGGUGAUGACAGUGCCUGUUUUCACAGUGUUCUGCGCGACAUCUUCCCUGCGGGCUCCACGGCACAGCAGGAGUCCGAUUACAACCCUUACGACCCCAUGCUGGUCAAUGCCAUCAAGGAACAGCUCAAAGAAAUGAAGAUGGAGGAGAAUUCAGACCUCAUUGACAAGAUCCUGCAGCUGUAUUCGGCUCUCCAAACAAAGCAGUCGGCAAUGCUGACGGGCGCGGCUGGCAGCGGUAAGAGUACGGUGCUGCUGUUACUGGCCCGAGCCAUCAACUACCUCAACUACAAGCUGUUCGCACCCGACCACUCCAAGGACGACCUCAUCUUCACCGACAGGGGACUCCUCUUCCAGAUGAAGAGCCAGAAACUGAAGUUUUUGCAAAACAUUGAUGAGGAUUUGAAACCACAGAAAUCCACUGGCUUGUUCAAACUGCAAAGCGUGUGUGCGAACCUGAGGCGGGAGAUAGAAAGUCGGAAGAAAACUCAGAGUGGCCAUGAACUGGCAGCGUUCCCAAAGGUGGACAUAGUCAAACUCUACCCAGCAGCCAUGGACCCCAAAGAGCUGCUUGGCUGUCUGGACAAUGGUUUGUGGCACGGCGGCCUGCUCACGAAGAUCGUCCAGGACUCGUACUUCUUGGCUGUGGCGACGAAGAUCUACUUUGAGAACCUGCGGGUCAACGACAAGGCGAAGAAACAGCUGGCCGAGUUGCCGUCCAUCCUGCUCCGGUGGAUCAUCCUGGAUGGUGACCUCGACCCUGCCUGGACCGAGGGGAUAAAGUCCAUGCUGGACGACGAGAAGAAGCUCACUCUAGCCAAUGGAGAGAGAAUUGUGGUCAGAGAAAAUACAACAUUUAUAUUUGAGACUGCAUGUUUGAGCAACGCAUCCCCCAGCUCCGUGUCUCAGUGUCAGGUGAUCCACUGUGGACAGAACACAGUGAACUGGACUUCACUCUUCUACACAUGGAAGCAGACGGCAAAAACAAGAUGGAUCCUCACCACAGUGAGCAUCAAGAUUCUGGAGAAUCUGGUUGAAGAGGUGUUUCCAUCGACACUCAAGUUCCUCAAGUCAGAGUGCUGUUCCGCACUGCUCACUGAUGUCGGCAUGGCAACAGCACAGGCCAAUGAGGUGGCAUCUGGGGUGCAGGAAGUGACAGCGUUCUUGAAAAUAUUCACAACUCUUCUGGACAAAUACCUGUUGAGAGAGGACAUUGAGAAGAAAUUGAAGUUUGAUAUGUUAGAUGAUUCCGACAAAGUGAACGAGUCUAAGAGUUCCUCCGGUGGACUGAGAGCACCAUCCCGUCAGAUUGCGAGUCGUCUCACUGGAAGCACAAACAUCGAGGCGGUGAUUCCUAACUACCUGAGUCUAAUCAAGGGCAUGUUCGCGUUCUCCUACAUCUGGGCAUUCGGAGGAUACCUGCAUGACAAAUAUAAAGAGAGGUUUUCCAAGUUUGCCCACGAUGUGCUGUACCGUGCUAGCCACCCGAUUCGACUGCCGACGUGGGGCUGUGUGUUCGACUACUACAUGGAUGAGUCGACCGGAUCGUUCGUCAGGUGGGGUGAGAAGGCCUUGAUGAAGACACUCCACAGCUUUAUAAUCACACCAGAUGUGGAGCGGUACAUGUUUCUGGUCGACCUGCUUCUUGGCAGCAGACAUCCUGUGUUGCUUAGCGGCAUCCCUGGAGUAGGCAAGACAAGUCUUAUAGAGCACAUGGUGUUGCCGAGACACCAGUCGACGACGGUGCGCAUGUCUCGCGGAAUGACGGCGGCCAUCUUCCAGAACACGCUGAUUGGUCACAUCAUGGAGCUGAAGAACAAGUCAAUGACGGCCGUGGCACCAGGGGUCGCUGUCGCACCGAGUGCAGCCAAGCAGAACCAUUUGUUUUUCAUUGAUGACCUCAACAUGGCUGCAAAAGUUGGGAACAACCAACCUCCCCUGGAAGUACUGAGACAGAUUCUGUCUGAAGGGAAGUGUUACGACAAACAGAGACAGAACAUUCAGCAUAUGGGCGAGGCUCAGUUUCUAGCUGCCUGUACACUGCCGAGUUCACCAGGCUUUGGUCUUGGAAAAGCUUGUCACGUGAUGUCAUCGCGACUAACUCGCCAGUUCAUCAACCUCACAGUAUUUACUCCUGGAAGUGAUACAUUGUUGAGCCUCUACUCUCGGCCAUUGCUGUCGUGGCUGGAAGAAUUUCCUACAUUUUCUGUAGAGCACCAUUAUGAGUUUGCACAGGCGAUGACAGUGGGUGUGUUGGAGCUCUACCAGGCUGUGAGUAGGAAGCUGAGACCGACCCCAGCCCACGCUCACUACAUCUUCUCUCUCCACGACAUCGCUCACGUCAUCCAUGGCCUCAUGCUGAUGUCACCCCGCGCUCACUUCAAGAAAAACAAAUUCAAGAAGAAAAAGAUUGAGAAGACGGACCCCAAGAAACAGAAAGGUAAAAAGGAUUCAACAGGUCAAGAUGCUGUUGUGAUAGAUGGCGAUGAUGAGGUGGCAAUGUCGUCUGAUGGUGCUGACAGGCCGACGAACACAUGUGCCCCGAUGAUGAGGGUCAUAGGUCAGCUCUGGUGUCACGAGUGUUUCCGCACCUUCUCCGAUCGGCUUAUUUCAGCCGAAGACCAGCAGUGGUUUAAACAGACACUGGAAGAUGUGGCCAUCAAACAUCUGUGUUCUCCUCGCUACAGUGCAAAGAUUGAAAUUAUUACCACUACCAAGGAACCCUAUUCGCCACACAGUCGAAGCAGUCCCGUAAAGCGAGUGCGCCACCACACACCACCCCCGAGGACUCCCUCCGACUUUGGUGAGGAUGAUGACGACGACGAUGGUGAUGUUGAUGAGGACAAUAUUGAGGAUGAUGACGAGGAAAAUGAUGACAACGAUGACGACACCUUGGAUUCGACCCCCGGUGACGACGUCUAUGCUGAUGUUGCUGCCGGCCAGACGCCACCAGCGACUCAAGGGCCAGAUGCAUCGUGUGUCGAGUCAUCAAGCAGAGAACCAGUCAAGACAGACCUCGAUUCCACCCCUGACGGGGAGACCGAAGCAGUCGAGGUAGACCCAAAGCAGGCUGUCGUGCCAUCUCUAGACACAGAGGUGACCAGCGACACGUCGGAAGACACAGAUCAGUCGUCAAGUGAUGGUGAAACGCGCACUUCUAUGUCAGCUCGAAGCAAAUCUCAGAAGAAGCUGGGCUUUAGUACGAAACAACAGAUGUCGAAGAGAGGAGUGACGUUCAAGGCCGGUCUCAUCGCAGACAAACAGUAUGAAGCUUACUAUGGACCACUGCUGUCGGCUGAUGAGAUCAGAAGCCCAGACAGCAGUUCUUCGGAGAUCCUGUUCAGCAAAUACUUCAUGGCGUGGCAUACAGAACUGCAAGGACUGCCUGUCGAGAAAGGUUAUAAUGAGUGUUCUCAUGAAAAUCUCCAAGAAGCGUUGACAUCGUGUCUGACUGUCUACAACAACAAGACGUCCCAGAGACUGGAGUUGGUCUUCUUUAGAGAGGCUGUUUACCAUGCUGCAAGGCUGAGCAGAGUUUUGGCGUUUCCUGGUGGCCACGCUCUUCUCCUGGGUCUGAGCUACAGCACAGGGCGGGCGUCGCUGGUCCGACUGGCGGCCUACAUGGCCAACUGCAAGCUGUACGAGCCGAAGCCUCAGAAGGACCGCACGCACAACGUGAGCAUCGUCCAGGAGCACAUGAAGCGCGCGUCGCAUCACGCUGGGGUGCUCAGCAGGCCCACCGUUCUACUCAUACACGAGGAUCUCGGGCAGGACUGUCUGCAGGACGUCAGUGCCAUCAUGGCAGAAGGUACCUCCCCUGGGCUGUAUUCCGAGCAGGAGAUUCUGGACAUCGUGAGUCAGAUGAUGCCGGGCGGCGUCCAGACGAAGCGGGUGGACAAGAUCGAGCAGGCGUUUGAGAGAUACGUCCGCCACAUCAAACAGAACAUGCACGUCAUCGUCAGUGUCAACUACAAGGGAAACAGUUUCUGCACUGAUUUCCAUAACCUGCAUGAGAAAGUUUGUUUGUACCCGAACCUCAUCAAGUACAGCCUGUGUAUCGACGUCUACUUGCCCUGGUCCUACCAGACCUACAGCAGUAUCGCCCACGCCUGGCUUGAAGACCCCAAGUCUAAGAUUUCAAUUCCUUGGUCAACAACAAAGAGGGCUGAACAAAUAACAAAAGCCAGCUAUGCGAUGGCCUACAUUCACUGUUCGGCCAAGAUGGCCACCGAGAGACAGUUCUGCCACCAGAAGGAGCCACUGCGGUUCUACACCCCUCUGACGUUCAUGGAGUUCGUACACCUCUUCAAGGUCAUUGCUGCCUUCAUUGUGAAACAAGAGCUGGCCAACGUAGCUAAAUAUGAAGGCGCACUGUGCAAGAUUGAUGAAGCGUUUGGCAGCAUUGCAUCCUACAGGCGGGAAAUAGACAACCUGAACCCACAGCUCCGACAAGCACAGGAGACAAUCCGUGCUCUCAUCGUGGAGGUCGAAGAGAGGAAAAAACAGUACAUUGAGGCAUUGGAGCGAUGCAAGGAACAAGAAGAUAAAAUAAUUAAUAUCCAAGGACCACUUGACUCACUGAGGAAAUCAUCAAACACCAUGUUAGACCAGGUGAGCCCUGGGUACCAGGCGGCCAAACAGGCGAUCUCGUCACUCAACAAGAAUGACUUCGAUGAGGUUCGGAGCUUCAGAGCACCCCCAGACAUGGUCAAGUUCGUCGUCAACGCUCUCUGUUUGUUAUUUGACAAGCCAGAAAACUGGGAGGAAGGCAAGAAGCUGUUGAUCAAGGAGAACUUUCUGCAGGACCUCAUCUUCUUCGAUAAGAGUCACAUGCCGAAGGACAAGUUCCAGGCGCUGCAGGUGUACACGCGUGACCCCAGUUUUAAGGCUGAGUUCAUCGCCACCGUGUCCAAGGCAGCCGCCGCCUUCUGUGUGUGGGUCCACGCCAUCGACCAGUAUGCAGUCAUCUACCAGAGUUCUCAGACCCUCAUUGAAAGUCUGGGGGUCGUAGAGGAACGCUACUCAAAGGCACAGAUGAAGCUUGGUAAGCUGAGAGUAGAGGCAAACCGCAUCAAGUCCGGUCUGGAAAGUAAGAUUGCACUACACAGAGAAGCAUUGAAAAAAGCCAAGACAAUAGAGAAACAAAUUCAGGCUAUCGAGAAGAAGAUUUCCCGAGCCAGUAACCUGAUGGAGAACAUGUCGAUGCAGCACUUCCUGUGGCGUUCGGAGCUCAAGAAGGCGAAGCGUCAUGUGCGGUGUACGCCUGGCGAUGCCCUCAUCACGGCCGCGUGCGUCUGUUACCACGGCCCCCUGGAUGACAAGUUCCGCUCGGACCUCCUCCAAGACUGGCUGAACCGGUGUCGCCAGGGCUCCUUCCACAUCGACUCCUUCAUCGACCACGAGCAGUACUCCGUGACCUCAGGACUCGAACUGCUCAUUCAGCAGAUGUCGUCUCACCACCAGGCCGCCCGGCAGGCCAGCGACCUGAGUGAGGCGUCCGUCAGCGGGGUGAACUUCGACCUGCCCACAGCUCCGCAGGUUCGCACGUUCAAGUACAUACCGGCCGUUUACGACAGCCGGAAGUACUACAAGUCGGAGCUGAAGAAACAGGACACAAUGGAGAGCGUCGUCCCGAAUGUGGAGUUCGACGAUUCAGACGACGAAGAGGAACUGAGCGUGAUCUCGACGAGGUCCGGUUACACCUUGCAGGAUAUUCUCAGCGACUUCGACGAGCUCAGCGGCUGGAGGAUGAGCAGUCUGCCCACUGACCUGCACUCGGUUCAGAAUGCGCUGCUGAUGCGCGUGAGUUGUUUCAACCGCAAGCACUGCUGGCCGCUGCUGAUAGACCCGGACAACCAGGCCACGGUGUGGGUGAAGGCUUUGCAGAAGUCUCAGAACCUGUUCUGUGAGAAGGACCUGCUGAUGGAAGGGGAGGAUCUCGAUGAAGGACUCCCGAUGGAGCUUAUUUACGAUCACAGCUCUGAUGAGAUGUCUGGCACUGGGCAGGAUAUGGACCCUCCCCCGAGUCGUGGAACUGCCCUGACCUUCUCAGAUACAUUCACCGAAUUUACAAUCAACGAUUCUUCAACCGUCUGCACUGAAUCUCAAACCAUACAGACGAGCCGAAUGUCUAACCAGACCUGUGAAACAGAUGACCUCCGACCUGUUACCUCGGUAACCAACAGCUGGGAAACGUUCAGCAUGCAGGCCGACCAGCUGAUAGACCACCCGGACAACAACCUGUGGAUAAUCGAGGCUGACGACCCCAGUCUGAAGAGUCGACUCAUCAACGCUGUCGUUCACGGUGUGACGGUGCUGGUGACUCACCUGGAGAGGAAGCCGCUGGACCCCCUGUUCCGUGGUCUGCUCCUGAAGCACUUCUACGUGGACAAGGAGGGUAACAAGGCGGUGCGCGUCGGGGGGAUGAUCUUCAAGUACCACCCCAACUUCUGUCUCUACCUCAGCACCACAGUUCCACUCUUCGUUAAAGGCGACGGUCUGCACAGUUUUCCCGUUCAUCACCUGUGCUGCAUCAACAUGGCUCUCAGUGACGAGGCCAUCAUCAACAAACUUCUCUUCGAAACCAUGAAGUUUGAGCGCAAAGAGUUUGAGGGUCAGAAGAGGUCAAAUGAAAACGACAUCAUCCUACACAGGCAGAGGCUAGCCAGGGAACACGAGGCAAUCCGUGAGAAGACUCUGAACCUGGACGUUCCACUGCUGGAGGACCGGACAAUGCUGGAGUCACUGCUGGCGUGCCAGUCGAACGUGGAGAAGAACCGCAUCAUCCUGGAGGAGACGCGCUACAUGGGUGACCACCUGGAGGGCAAGUUCGCACACUACGUGCCCAUCAUGACCCAAUCGACCAUGCUGUACAACAUCAUCAAGAAGAUGUUCGUCCUCCACCCCUGCUAUUACCUCCCCUUCUACAAGUUCACCAAUAUCUUCAUGUCCGUCCUCAGGAGUAGAUAUCGAGGGAAAGGAAGUCUGGGAGCCCCGCAGGUACGUGCUAAAGAGCUUGCCGACGCGACGAUGUCUGCCAUCUUCAGACACAUGUCGAUGAUGAUGUUCGAGCAGCACUUCAACAUGCUGCUGCUGCUGGUGUCGGUGGAGCUGAUGAAGUGGUCGCACAAGGCGUCGGCCAAGGAGGUCAGCCUCUUCAUCUCGGGCUUCGAGAAACUCGGCCUCGACGAACAGGGACUGCUCGAUAUGAAGCCAGCGUGGAUGACAGAUAAAGCGUGGGUGGACUGCAAUGUGCUGGAAUCUCUUCAUCAUCCGUUCCACGGUCUGUGCAAUUCUCUCAUCAACAACAGCUUACAGUGGAAUGAAUAUUUUAAGGCCCCAAUCGCUCUAGUGAAUCCGAUACCGGGAAGCACUCUUCAGGAACUGUCUCUCUUUCAGAAGUGUCUGCUCUGGAAGUUCUGCUGUCCUCAGAGGAUGACGGAACUGUCGAAGGCGAUGACGACGUUUGAGCUGGGCAGUGUCGAGGAGCCCGUCACUCACUACAACAUCUUCGACGUGUUCGACUGCACGGACCAGUUCACACCGACCGUCUUCAUCCUGCCCACUACACCCAAACAGAUCAAGAGGGAAGGCACAGAAGGCUACCCAUACGUGAAUCCUGCCCACGAGGUGAAGCGUUUGGCCAAGGAGUCUGGUAUGGAAGGCAAGAUCCGGAUAAUGAAUUUUGGGGUGCGCAGUCAGAUGUCGGAGGUGAAGCAUGCCAUAGUGGACUGUAUGCAGUGUGGACACUGGCUGCUGCUGCAGAACUACCACCUGGCGGGAAAUACAGACAUCGAGUUCUUCUCCAUCCUCAAGAAUAUAAUCCACCAGAAGCCUCACGAGGAAGCGCGUCGCCGCGAGAACACAAACAUCAGUGACGAUGGCCACAGUUUACUGGGGAGGUCGAACCCAUCGCUGUGCUCCCAGGAGGUGAAGAUUCACAACAAGUUCCGGCUGUGGAUCACCACGCGGGCCGACGGGGAACUCAGUGUGCCAGGUGUUUUAAUACAGCAUGGUUUGCGGGUGACCUGCGAGGCGACCUCUAACUUCAAGAGCACUCUGAAGAAAUCCUACCGAUCAGUGUCCUUCCUGCUAAAUAACUGGAAGGAUACCGACCAAGAGUCUCAGAAGCGAUUCAGCAAGGUGAUGCCCAUCGCCCUGUUCCAUUCCCUGCUUCUGCAGCAGAGUUACUACGGCAAACACGCGUUCACCAAACACCACACGUGGACCCUGACUGACCUGGCGAUGGCGGUGGACUUCUACAAGAAGCUCGUCUGUCGGGUCGAUGAGUCAGACUGUCGCGAACUGUGCGCCAUGAUGGCUCAGGUCUACUCAAACCACUGUGUCGAUGAGAACGAUGCGAAGAUCGCCCAUGCCCUCAUUUGUCAGCUUUCUCAAUAUUCCGUCACCGAGAAGGACUCCACAGAGCCGGCUCAAGGAGUGGCUGCCCUCCUGGAAAAGUUGCUUGAUGCUAAUAAACAUCACGCGAGUCUGCAGCGAGUGCUCGACACCAUCGAAGACACAUCAUCACGAGUGUUUUCUCUACCACAAGACGCAGAGCUCCAGCUGAUGUCUGACAAGAGCAGAAUUGUCAUGAAGGACAUGGUGCAGGUUGCCGGUGCCCCCGAGUUACUACUGAACGUGAUCAACCCGCCAUCAUCCACCACCGUCCCCAACAACCUCAUCCCCAACCUCAUCAACUUGCUGAGAGACUGCCCCAGACUGCCGGCAACCAGCCGCGACCAGAUCAAUCCGGUUGACGUUUUCCUUCACUACGAGGUCGCAGGCUACCGGCGUCUGCUCCGGACCGUGCAGACGGAUCUGGAUCUUCUGCUGCGGUGUUCCCGCGGUGAGGUCUCCCUCAACAAGAAUCUGAUGGACACCCUGGACUCCAUCUGCCAGGACGGCGUUCCCGCGGCCUGGCUCGCCGACACUUUCCCAUCAUGCCUCAGUCUGAAGCUGUGGCUGAACAUCCUCCCGGAGAGGAUGAGGACUCUGAUCACGUACCUGGACGGGGACGUGUUGUCGUAUAAUCUGACGACGUUCCUCAGACCCGAUCGCUUCUUUGAUGCCGUCGUACAGACGUAUGCCAGGAAGUACUUCAAGGAUGCCAACAGCAUUCGACUGGAUGUUCAGGUCAUGCCAGUUGGAGUGGGAACAGCUGUGGCCCCCAAAACCGGAGUGUUCAUCUCAGGACUGAAACUGAACAAUGCAUCAUGGGACAACACACGUUCAGUCCUUAUUGAGCAGUUGCCAAACACAGGAAGUUCACAGGACCUGCCUAUCAUCUGGCUGAAACCAGUCCAAGACCUCUUCACCGAAUCCUCUGAUGUUCCAAAGUCAGAGACUAAACAUGAUCACACGUUCAGCUGUCCACUCUAUUGCUCCGUGAAACCUGAAUUCCAUGUGGACCGACACAUCGUGCAGAGACUGCCUCUGCCAAGUGGCUGCGACAUUCAGAUAUGGAUUCAGAAGAGAGUGUUUCUUUCUGCGUCAUUGCCCUGUGAUGUGCCCAUUUCAGAAACUUGAAUUUCAUGAAAAGAAUUCUUUUCAAUUUGUUUUUCAUAUACAUGUACAUAUUUGGGGUUUUUCUUUUGAAGAUACUUUACUUGAACUUGUAGGAUUUGUGCAUUAAAAAAACACCCAGAUACGAAUUGUAAAAAGUAAACAUUUGAGAGCACUGAGCAUUCUUUGGAUAAAUGCAGUGGAAUAUUGGUUUAAUGUAUUUGUUUAAAUCAAAUACAUGUAGUUAGAGAUAAUGCUUUUUCUGCUUUAGGCCUGCUUUCCAUUAAUGUGAUAAAACGCAUGUGGAAAUGUGCUUUUUCAUAUUUGUGUUUUCUCAUAUAAAAUUUGAUGUUGUCAGAGUUUAAGUCAAAAGAAAAUGCUUUAAGUUAUGACAUCACACUGAAAGACUCACUUGCGGAAAAAUUGCUCAUCGAUAUUUUGUUUUUAGCACGCGGAAUCGCGUAUAUGGAAAAGGUUCUGUGUAAAUGAAUGCACUUUAUUAUAUAACAUUUAGUGAAAUAUCUUAAAAUAUCAGUGAAAUAAAAGUGUCAUCAUUCUAAAAUGUGUUAUCGUCACUGUAGAAAGUUGGAACUAUUUUGCUGCUGGCAUUUUAAAAAUAAAGGUAAAUUACCAAAAGUUAUAUAAUAAAUAGAAAAUUUCAUGUUUUUUAUCAAAUAUGAUUUAUAUCUCAUCUCAUGAAGUUUGCAAUCAUAUCACGCUUGUCGCGCAAGCACGACUCGUGAAAUAUGAUUGCAAACUUCACUCAAUGACCAGUUGUUGCAUUUUACCAUAGUUUGACACCCAGUAGCCGAUGUAUUUUUUGUGCUGGGGUGUCAUUAAACAUUCAUUCAUUCAUUCACUCGAUGAGAUAUAAAUCAUAGUUGACCAAAAAAACAUGAAAUAUCCUCUAUGUAUCGGUAAACUCGCAGAAAAUCACAUUAAUGGAAAGUGGGCCUUAUUGUGUAGCAUCUACCUAAAACCAAAAGUAGUUUUCUAGACAGAAAUCCAUUGUUUAUGUAAAUAAUACCUGAUCAUAUAUCUACAUGUAUUAAUUUCUUUGUUAAAUAUAAUGAUCAUUUUAAACAUGCUAUAGAAAAGUUUAUGGUUUAAAGAAACGACAGGAAUGCCUAGGAAUUCUGUGAUAUUUAGCAGAAAAAAAAAAAAUGUAUUAAGUACAGGUACAUGUAUAAUUAAUGAAUUUUUAUCAUUCCACUACAAUUUUUUGUUUAAUGGAUAACAAUCUUGUAUGUGCAGUGACAGUAUAUAUAUAUAUAUAUAUAUAUAUAGCAGUUUGCUAGGUUUGUUGAUAGUAUGAACAUAAUUGUAUGUAAUAUAUUUCUGUAAUUCUUCAUUUUCCAUGCUCAGAUAUAAAGUGGAGUUUUAUUCUGCUUUUUUUUUAUUGCUGUGAUAUUUGUGUGUGCCUGUUGCAUUUCCAUUUUAUUAACCCAGUGCAUUUUGGACUUUCAUGCAUUGUACAAUGCAAAUCUAUAGCACAACUUUUAUAUUCAAUUCAACCACUGAACAUUUGGUUGAAGUUGGUAUUAUUAUGAUCAUAUUUUCACAUGUAUCUUGGCAUCUUAAAGUUUUAUAAUCCAAAGUCCAGACCAGAGUUUUUGAACUAUACCACAGGACCAUCUCACAAAUUUAACAUUGGAGCUAGAUUUUAAAUUGUGAUCCAAGACUAAAAGAAUCCUUCAUAUGUGUCCAUGUGGGGCAGGGCUAUUCCACCCGAGGGUACAUAAUUUGUAAUCAUAGUAUGUACCCGAGGGUGGAAUAGCCCUGUCCCACAUGGAUACAUAAUGGAGGA